AUGGUUCCGGCAAUCGUAGCUCUCGCCGUGGCGCUCCCCGCGCUGGUCGCGGCCACGCGCGCGCUGCGGCAGCAGCCCCACGCCCACACCGGGGCCGCGACGCUGCCCGCGAUGCAGUACUACGGCACCGUGCGCGUGGGAGACCCGCCGCAGCCCUUCCGGGUCGUCUUCGACACGGGCUCCGGCCAGCUGGUCCUCCCAAGCAGCAAGUGCGACGACGGCGCCUGCCGCGGCCACCACCGCUUUGCGUCGAACAGCUCCAAGUCUGCAGUCGAGAUCGGCUGGGCAGAUGACCCGGCUACGCCCCUGCAGGAUGGGGACGACCGCGACACGAAGAGCUUGUCGCUGCUUCGCGCUGACGUCAGCGGGGAGUUUGUGCGCGACGGAAUCUGCCUUGGUGACAAGGACAAGGACCGGCUCUGCGCCACCGCGGACUUCGUGGUGCUCACGGAGGAAAGCGACGAUCCAUUCGGGAAGCUCGAGUUCGACGGGGUCCUGGGCCUGGCCCCAGCGGCGCCCGACGCCCCAGAGUUCAGCUUCCCGCAGCUGCUCCGGAAGGGCGGCAAUGAGCUGAGCGGCGGCAUGUUCGCGUUCUACUUGUCGCCGCCCUCGGCCGGCAAUGGCGGCGAGAUCCAGUUCGGAGGCUACAGGCAGGACCGCCUGGCCUCGCAGCUCACGUGGGCCCCGCUGCUCCACAACGAGAGCUGGCAGGUGAAGGUCGACGACAUCGUCAUCGGUGGAAAGGCCACCGGAUUCUGCGGCAAGACGGGUUGCCACGCAUUGAUCGACACAGGUUCCUCGCUGAUCAUGGCCCCGGGCAACGUGCUGUUCGCGGUCAUGAACAGGCUCGGGGUGGACGACGCCUGCGCAAACUCCGCGCCCUCGCUUGGCUUCAGCGUGAAGGGGGUCCACCUGGAGCUCAACCAGACAGACUACAUCGAGCACGACGCCGACGGCUGCAGGCUGCUCCUCGGCAGCUUCAGCGGCUCCAGCGGCGGCCCCGCGCUGGUGCUCGGCUACCCCUUCCUGCGCCAGUACUACACCGUAUUCGACAUGGAGCGGAGAAGGAUCGGCUUCGGGCGGGCGAACCACCAGGCCAAGCCGCUGUCCGAGGCGCCCCGCGGCACGGCGCUGGUGGAGCUGGUCGGGGCUGGCGUCAUCGAGUCCACCGGCUCGUCUCCGGAAAAGCUGGAGGCGCAGUUCUUCGACGCUGUGGCGGCGCUGCUGUCGCAGCUGGCGCGCGAGGUCAUCGAGCAGACGCUGGAGGAGUACGUGCAGUUCUUCGAGCGCUUUGCCGCUAAGCCGCUCCACUACGAGGAGGUGAAGAAGCUGAAAGACUCAGACACCUGGCAGGACGAGAUCCUUGUGAAUAAGCUCUUCGUGGACCAGAAGGGCGACAGGAACGACAUUCGAUUCAAGAACGAUCUGGAACACGUCAGUGCUCGGCUGCUCCUGCCGUAUAAGGAGUGCACCACCAGCCUGCGGGACUUCGUGCGCCCUGACUCGAAGCUGCGCGACCUGGUCAGCGGGCGCACGCUUCUGUGGGAGGUGCGUGAGGAGGAGGAACACAUCAAGGCUGGUUUCCAGCGCAUCGAACAGAUAAUCCAUGACAACCUGGCAAACGCUCAGCAGGUCCUAGAGCUCUACACUCCUUUCUUGUUCCUUCUGCACGAGGAGGACAACGUCGCCAGCUUUGUGGAGGAUCCAUCCAAGACCCGGGAGGAUUACGAGGCGUACGUGGCGCACCUGAGGGGCACGGUCGAGCAGAUGAAGGAACAGUGCCCGCCGCAGAUCCGGAUGCAGAUGAUGCGGGUUGAUGCCUCGGACGUGAACAAGAAGCUGGCAACGGACGCGGACAAUUGCGUCAAGCGGCUCCUGCAUGCCCUGGCGCAGCGGAACCAGGAGCGUAGCAACAGGCUGGUGAAGCAGUUCGACCACCUCAACAAUCGUGUUACCAGAGUUCCCACCAACGAGGCCCAGCUGACAGAGCUCGAGGAGCAGGUGGAGGCUGCCAAGGAGAAGGACUUCCCAAAACUGCUUGAGGAGUACGAUGACAUCAAGGCCUGGUUGUACCUCACCUGGGACCUCGAUCACCCCCUGGAGGUGGAAGACUAUAAAGCGAUCGCGGCGGCCUCCGAAUGGAAGGGCUAUGCUGUGAAGCUGCUAGAUCGGGAAAACGCGCUGCGCGACGACCGGAUGAAGAUCGAGACGUCGCUUGCAGAGCGGCGCUCGAAGUUCCAAGAGGACCUUAUCGUGAUCAUGAAUAAAGUGGGCAAGUGCAAGGACAAGGGGAGCAUCAGGAACAUAGAGGACAACCUGGAACAGCUGAACGAGAUCAAGAAAGCGCUUGGGGAGGCGGAGAAGACAAUGAACGAUAUCCACGAGAAGGAGAUCCUGUUGGGCUGGGACGAGACCGACUUCGACCUGUUCGACGAGGCGACCAAUGGGCUCGAGCCCUACAUGAAGCUCUGGACCAUGGUCGCGGAUCACCAGAAAGCCAACGCCAAAUGGCUCAAGAAUCCCCUCUUCUCUGGCGACAUGGACCCAGAGCAGAUCCAAAGCGAGGUCCAGGCGAUGUGGCGCACCGCAAUGAAGCUCAAGGCCCAGUUCGACCAGGACGGCCACCCGAAGCCGGCCAAGGUGGCGGACAAGGUGAAGACAGACCUCGACCAGUUUAAGGAGCAUGUGCCCCUUCUCCACGCGCUCUGCAAUCCAGGCCUGCGCGAGAGGCACUGGAAAGAGAUAUCCUCCAUCGUCGGUUUCGCCCUGGAGCCUGACACUUCUUUCAACCUUCAGAAGAUGAUCGACAUGGAUAUUGGGGCGUACGUCCAGGAGAUCGGCGAAAUCGCGGACUCGGCGGGCAAGGAGUACCAGAUCGAGAGCAGCCUCAACACUCAGCAGAAGGAGUGGGAGCCGGUGAACAUGGAGUUCAAGGAGUGGAGCACCACUGGCACGUACAUUGUUGGCGGGGGUUCGGUGGACGAGGUUCAGACGCUGCUGGAUGACCAUGUCAUCAAGACUCAGACCAUGAAGGGGUCUCCCUACGCCACUCAGUUCGCUGCCAGGAUAGAGGAAUGGGAGACGUUCCUGAAGACUGUGCAAGACAUUAUCGACGUCUGGCUCAAGGUACAGUCCGUUUGGCUGUACCUCGAGCCCAUUUUCUCUUCCGAAGACAUCAUGCAGCAAAUGCCAGUCGAGGGCACGCUUUUCCGCGAGGUUGACGGACUUUGGCGGCAGCUCAUGGGGAAUUGCGUCGAACAGCCAGCAUCGCUGACUGUCUUCCGACAGCAAGGAUUCUUGCAGAGCUUGGAGAUUGCAAAUGAGAAGCUGGAGACAGUCCAAAAGCGGCUCAAUGAUUAUCUGGAGACGAAGCGUUUGUUCUUCCCACGCUUCUUCUUUUUGUCCAACGACAACCUUCUCGAAAUCUUGAGCGAGACAAAGGAUCCGCGGCGGGUCAACGCUCACAUCAAAAAGGCAUUCGAGGGCAUCCAGGCCCUGAAGUUUGAGGACGACAUGAAGAUCUCUCAGAUGAUCUCUCCGCAGAAGGAGCACGUUCCUCUGACCAACGCCGUGGACCCCGUGGCGGCCAAGGGCGCCGUGGAGGUUUGGCUGGUGCAGCUGGAGGAGGCAAUGAUCGAAUCUCUGAGGGACAUCAGCUUCAAGGCGCGCGACGACUACGCCGUCACCCCCUUCAAGGACUGGGUGCAGAAAUGGCCAGGGCAGGUCGUCAUUGGCAUCUUCAACCUCUUCUGGACGGCGGAGACCAAUGAUGCCCUGGUCACAGAGGGCAACGCUGGUCUGGCAAAGUACGCGGACAAACUCAAGAAGGUGCUGACCGACAUCGUAGAUGUGGUCCGAGGCGAGGUCCCGCCGAUCGUGCGGUGUACGCUGGAGGCGUUGAUUGUGAUCUUCGUACACAAUAAGGACACGAUCUGCGACCUUAGAGACAGGGGCACUUCUCAAGCUCAGGACUUCGAUUGGGGAUGCCUUGUGUUGCGGUAUUACAUCGAGGAGAACCCAGACAAACCUGGGGUCGAUGACAUGUUUGUCAGGAUCACCAACAGCUUCUUAGGCUACGCGUACGAGUACCUCGGCAACGACAGCCGCCUGGUCAUCACCCCGCUCACGGACCGCUGCUACCGGACGUGCUGCGGGGCCCUGCACCUCCUCUACGGCGCUGCCCCGGAGGGGCCCGCUGGUACCGGCAAGACGGAGACCGUCAAGGACCUGGCGAAGGCGUUGGCGCGCUUCUGCGUGGUCUUCAACUGCAGCGACGAGCUGGACUCGCUGGCCAUGGCUAAGUUCUUCAAGGGCCUCGCUUCGUCGGGCGGCUGGGCCUGCUUCGACGAGUUCAACCGCAUCGACCCAGAGGUGCUGAGCGUGAUCGCGCAGCAGGUGCUGCAGAUUCAGAACGCCAUCCGCGCGAAGAUGACCACGUUUGAGUUCGAGGGCACGACCCUGCCAAUCAGGUGGACAUGCAACAGCUUCAUCACCAUGAACCCGGGCUACGCUGGGCGCGCAGAGUUGCCAGACAACCUGAAGGCGUUGUACCGCACGGUGGCGAUGAUGGUGCCGGACUACGCACUGAUUGCAGAGAUCAAGCUCUACUCCUAUGGUUACUCGGACGCACGCUCGCUCUCGCAGAAGAUCGUGACCACGUACAAGCUCUGCAGCGAGCAGCUGUCGUCGCAGAAGCAUUACGACUACGGGAUGCGCGCAGUCUUUUCCGUGCUGGUGGCGGCUGGUAACAUGAAGCGUAAGUACCCGACCCAGAACGAGGAGGUGUUGAUGCUGCAGGCCAUCAGCGACGUGAACUUGGCGAAGUUCCUUGCAUUCGACGUGCCGCUGUUCAAGGGGAUCACGUCGGACCUGUUCCCUGGGGUGGAGCUUCCGCAGCCUGACUUCGGCGCGCUGACGGCCAAGCUCGCCGAGCACCUGGCCAAGGACCACUGCCAGCCCCAUCCCUACUUCAUCGAGAAGAUAAUCCAGUUCUACGAGUGCCACAUCGUGCGGCAUAGCGUCAUGCUGGUGGGCAUGCCGUUCAGCGGGAAGACCACUGCGCUGAAUUGCCUCCAGAAGACACUGACCGACCUCGCGGCGGAGGGCGUCAUGCAUGCGGGGUGUACGGUGCACCAGGCUCGACUGAAUCCUAAGAGCAUCCCGGCCAAUUGCCUGUACGGCAGCUUCGACGAUGUGUCCCACGAGUGGGCCGACGGCAUUGUUGCGGUGCUCUUCCGCGAGUUCUCGCGGAACCAAACGGAGGAUCGCAAGUGGCUCGUGUUUGAUGGCCCGAUCGACGCCGUCUGGAUCGAGAACAUGAACACCGUGAUGGACGAGAACAAAAAGCUGUGCCUGAACAGCGGCGAGAUCAUUGCGAUGUCGCCGAACAUGCGAACAAUCAUGGAGCCCAUGGACGUCGCGGAGGCGUCCCCGGCCACGAUCUCCCGCAAUGGCAUGGUCUUUUUCGAGCCGCAUUUGCUCGGCGUGGACCCAAUCAUCGAUCAGGCGCUCGGGCUGUAUACUCCCGCACAGCUGGACGAGGAAGAGGUCGGUGAGCUGAAGGGCAUGAUCGGCUGGCUAGUGAAGCCGCUGCUGAGCUUCCUGAGGGAGAACUGCCACGAGGUGUCUCCCACGCAGGACCAGAACAUCGUGCAAAGCGUCAUGGCGCUUUUAUUUUCACACGUGCAGGACGCAUUGGACGCCCACGCGCAAUACAAGAAGGGCCCAGACGCGGACGUAUCCUCAGUUGUCAAGGUGACCAAGAACUUGAUCGACGCGAGUGUAGUCUUCAGUUGCAUCUGGGCCAUCGGCUCGGUUCUCACCACGGAAUCACGGGUAACCUUUGGCCAGCACAUGAAGUCCGUGUUGCAGGGCAAGGUGGAAGGCACAACGCAGUUCAAGAAGCUGACCCCAGAGUUCCCCGACCGCGGCAGCAUCUACGAUUGGGUGUAUGAUGCAGAGGAGAUGAAGUGGAAGGGCUGGAUGGACACCGUCGAACCGCAGUCCAUUAAGGCUGGCACGGCGGUGGAGAGUUUGGUAGUGCAAACGAUGGACAACGUUCGCUAUCGUUACAUGUGCAGCUUCGCCAUCAAGCACCGGAUCAAGCUGCUAUUCUGUGGCCCGACCGGGACAGGCAAGACAGCCUACAUGCAGCAGUCGCUGAUGUCGCUUGAUAAGGAUAGCUUCCUUCCCAUCUUCAUGGGAUUCUCCGCGCAGACCAAGUGCGCCCAGACCCAAGACCUCAUUGAUGCCAAACUGGACAGACGACGCAAAGGUGUCUACGGACCCACCUUUGGGAAGCUCGGCGUCGUCAUGGUUGACGACCUGAACAUGCCCACAAAAGAGAAGUACGGUGCCCAACCGCCCAUUGAGAUUUUGCGACAGAUGAUCGACAGUGUCGCCUACCCGCCUUCUGGCGGUUGGUACGACAGAAAGGACGUGACCCAUCCUUUCCGAAGCAUUACAGACGUCUUGUUGUUCUCCGCGAUGGGUCCCCCUGGCGGUGGUCGCACCUUCAUCACGCCCAGGCAGACGGGGCGCUUCUGGCUCGUAGGGUUUCCGGAGCUCGACGACGACAACAUGACAAAGAUCUUUCAGACAAUUCUCGAGUGGAAGCUUGGGGCAGAUGCGUAUCCCGAGGAGAUCCAGUCCAUGUCCAAGAAGAUCGUCGCCGGAACCCUCGAUAUCUACAAAUCGGCCGUGAAGGAGCUGCUGCCCACACCCCUGAAGGUGCACUACACCUUCAAUCUGCGUGACUUCGCGAAAGUGAUCUUCGGAACGCUGCUGCUCAAGAAGGGCCAGUGCGACGGGCAGUCGCGCCACAUACGUGUCUGGGUUCACGAGAUCUGGCGCGUGUUCGGUGAUCGCUUGGUGGACGACAACGAUCGUAUGUGGCUGAUGAACCAGUGUCGCGACGCCACCAAGAGGGUAUUCAACACUGGGUUCGACGAGGUCUUCAAACACCUGGACCUCGACGGCGACGGAAAGGUGCAGACCCUCGACGAGAUGCGCACACUGAUCUUCGGGGACAUGCUGUCGCCGGCGGCCGCCCCGAACAGGCCCUACAACGAGUGCCCCGACAUGGACACGCUCCAGAAAGGCGUCGAAUCCCACCUGGAGCAGUACAACCUCAUGUCCACCAAGAAGAUGAACCUGGUGUGCUUCCUCUACAUGCUGGAGCACCUCUCGCGCUCCGCGCGCGUGAUGAAGACGCCCGGCGGCAACGCCCUGCUCGUCGGGCUCGGCGGCAGCGGCCGGCAGAGCUGCGCUAAGUUGGCCUGCUACCUCGCAGACUACGACGUGUUCCAGAUCGAGAUAACCCGUGGCUACGACCUGAUUGCAUUCCGGGAGGACCUGAAGAAGCUGCUCAUCGCCGCGGGCGGCAAGGGCGAGAAGACCGUCUUCCUCUUCUCGGACUCGCAGAUCAAGAGCGAGGGCUUCGUGGAGGACCUGAACAACCUGCUCAACACCGGCGAGGUGCCGAACCUCUUCCCGCCGGACGAGCGCGUGCAGGUCUGCGAGAUGGUGAGGGCCGCGGCUCGACAGGAGGGCAAGGCCGCCGAGGGCACCCCGACGCAGCUGUACGCCUUCUUCGUGGAGCGGGUGCGAAAGAUGAUGUGCAUCGAGCUCUGCUUCUCGCCCAUCGGGGACGCCUGGCGCUCCCGGCUGCGCCAGUUCCCCUCGUUGGUCAACUGCUGCACGAUCGACUGGUUCACGACGUGGCCACAGGACGCGCUCACCGCGGUCGCCGAGCGCUUCCUCGGCGAGGUGGAGCUGGAGGACUCGGUGCGGGCAAGCUGCGUGCAGAUGUGCUCUAUUUUCCACUCGGCGACGCGCGACCUGGGAGCGGAGUUCAAGAGCCAGAUGAAACGCAUCUACUACGUCACCCCGACGUCCUUCCUCGAGCUAAUACAGACUUUCAAGGCCCUGCUCUCGGCGAAGCGUCGCCAGGUCACAGAUCUGAAGGACAAGUACGAGAAGGGACUUGAAAAGAUCCUGACCACGGAGACGUCGGUGGCCGGCAUGAAGGUCGAGCUCAUUGAUCUGCAGCCCAAGCUCAUCGCCAAGAACGAGGAGGUUGAGAAAAUGAUGGUAGUCGUCAACGCGGAGUCGGAGAAGACAGCGAAAGUCAAAGAGGUUGUAGCUGCAGACGAGGCUGUGGCUGCUGAGUCGGCGGCCAAGUCAGAGGCGCAGAAGGCAGAAGUGGAGGCGGAUCUCGCAGAGGCCAUGCCAGCACUGAACGAGGCGCUGUCAGCCCUUGACACGCUCACCGCCAAGGAUAUCGGGGAGAUCAAGGCGAUGAAACACCCGCCAGCGCCAGUGAAGCUUGUGCUGCAGGCGGUGUGCUUGCUCAAGAACGUCAAGCCUGCACGCGUGAAGGACGAGGGCGGGAAGAUGGUGGAGGACUACUGGCAGCCCUCCCUGAAGAUGGUCAGCGAGAACGGAUUCCUGCAAUCCUUGACCACCUUCGACAAGGAUGACAUCCCAGCGGCGACGAUCAAGAGGGUCGCUACCCUCACCCCUCUCGACGACUUCCAGCCCGAGCGGGUGAAGACCUGCAGCACCGCGGCCUUCGGCAUCUGCAUGUGGGUCCGCGCCAUGGAGGUCUACGACCGCACCGCGAAGGUGGUCGGCCCGAAGAAGGAGGCCCUGGCGACGGCGGAGGCAGAGCUGGCCGUCGUGAUGGCGGCGCUGAACGAUAAGCGCGCCGCGCUGCGGAAGGUGCUCGACGAGCUUGCGCAGCUCGAGGCGAAGCUGAACGCCCUCAACGCGGAGAAGGACGACCUGGCCUACCAGGUGGACCUGUGCGAGAAGAAGAUCACACGCGCCGAGACGCUCAUCGAGUCCCUGGGGGGUGAGAAGGCCAGGUGGACGCAGAACGCCAUAGAUCUCGGCAACGACUACGUCAGCCUCACCGGCGACGCGAUCGUCGCCAGCGGCCUGAUCGCCUACCUCGGAGCAUUCACGCCCGACUUCCGCGAGCGGGCAGUGGCAAGUUGGGCGACGAUUUCGCAGGAGAAGAGCAUCCCUGGCUCCGCGACCUUCUCUCUGGUGAAGUGCCUCGGUGAGCCAGUGAAGAUCCGAAACUGGACGAUUUGGGGCCUUCCCAACGACGCGUUCUCCAUCGAGAAUGGCAUCAUCGUGGACAAGGCUCGCCGGUGGCCGUUGUGCAUCGACCCUGAGGGGCAGGCCAACAAGUGGAUCAAGAAGAUGGAGGCGCCACAGAAGUGCAAGAUUGUCAAGUUCACCGACGGUGACUACCUCAGGCACUUGGAGGGUAGCCUCAGCUAUGGCACCCCGUUCCUCAUCGAGAACAUCCUGCAGGAGACGGACCCAGCCAUUGAGCCUGUCCUGCUCAAGCAGACGUACAAGCAGGGGAAUCGUAUGAUGAUCAAGCUUGGCGACCAGACACUUGAGUAUUCCAAGGGAUUCAAGCUUUACCUCACUACGAAGCUCCGCAAUCCGCACUACCUUCCUGAGGUUGCAGUCAAGGUCACAAUCCUCAAUUUCAUGAUCACAGGUGUUGGCCUUCAAGACCAGCUCCUCAACAUCGUCGUCCAAAAGGAGCGGCCCGAGCUCGCCGAUGAGAAAGCGCGGCUGGUGGUUGAAGGCGCAAAGAACAAGGAACAGCUCGAGGAGACCGAGAACAAGAUCCUGCAUGUGUUGCAAACCUCGCAGGGCAACAUUCUGGAGGACGAAUCUGCGAUCAAUGUCCUGAGCUCCAGCAAGGAGCUGGCAAACAAGAUCGCCGCAAAGCAGGAGGUCGCCGAGGAGACGGAGAAGCAGAUCGACGAGGCCCGCGAGGGCUACGUGCCGGUCGCCGAGAAGGCCGCCGUCCUCUUCUUCUGCAUCGCCGACAUGGCGAACAUCGACCCCAUGUACCAGUACUCCCUGCCGUUCUUCGUGUCGCUCUUCCUCGUGUCGAUCGACAAGACGGAGCAGAGCGAUGACCUGGAGACGCGCAUCGAGCUCCUGAACGACACGUUCCGCUUCACGCUCUACUGCAACAUUUGCCGCAGCCUCUUCGAGAAGCACAAGACGCUCUUCUCGUUCCUCCUCUGCAUGCGCGGCCUGCUCCAGGCAAAAGAGGCUGGCGGUGACGACUACCGCUUCCUCCUGACUGGGGGCGUCUCGCUGGAGGACCCGCCCCCCAAGCCGGCCGAGUGGCUGACGGACAGGGCGUGGUCCGAGCUCUUCCGCCUCUCGAGGGUGGCAGAGCGCUACGACCGCUUUCACGAGCGCUUCGCCGAGGAGAUCGACGCGUGGAAGAGGGUCUACGACGAUGUGAACCCCAUGAGCAUCAUCAAGGACGAGGCCACGCGGCCAAAGGUGAUGGAGGGCCUGAACGAGCUGCAGGACGUCCUCGUGCUUCGCUGCGUGCGGCCCGACAGGGUGGUGCCCGCCGUGCUGGACUUCAUCUCCGCCAAGAUCGGGGAGAAGUUUGUGACUCCGCCCCCCUUUGACCUGUCGGGCUCCUACGCGGACUCCACCAACAUGACGCCCCUGAUCUUCGUGCUCUCCCCCGGCGCCGAUCCCGGGAGCUCUCUGUUCAAGUUCGCGGUCGAGAAGAACAAGGAGAUCAGCUCCAUCUCGCUUGGGCAGGGCCAGGGUCCAAAGGCGGAGAAGCUGAUGAACGCCGCGACCGCCUCCGGCGGGUGGGUGCUGCUCCAGAACUGCCACCUGGCCACGUCGUGGAUGCCCAAGCUGGAGCGGAUCCUCGAGGAUCCUGGCAGGACCCCAAGUCCGUGCACCGCGACUUCCGGCUGUGGCUGA